UUCCUCGCUCAGUUUGUUUUGCUUGCUGCGCUAGGCUCAACAUGACAGAAAGUCACCCUCGAGUUUUAUUCCAAUUAUGACGAGUAAAAUAAAAUGUAAACUCGGAUUUUAAACCCGUGUUUAGCUCGGAUAAAGGCGGACUCGAAGACACCGGAAUAUCAUCCUGACCCGAGACACCUGUUGCUCCAGUUUCGACUGACAGGUGUCACUUUCCUCGAGCACGGAGCAGGUGGAGAGACUACCGAAACUUGGAUUAAUUUCUUAAUAUAUUCUCUAGACAUUUGCAGGCAUUAUGAAGGUGACGGUAACUUUCGGGGACACCUCGGUGGUGGUUCCCUGUAAAGCUGGAUGGACCGUGUGGGAUUUAACCGAGCAAGCAACGAGGAGAUACCGCAGAGUUUUGGAGCAGCAUGGGGAGAGUGAGGUGAAGACGCAACGCCUGGAGUACAUGGAGGGAGGGAUCCUGGACAUGGACGACCUGCUGAGUGAUCUGGUGGAGGACAGGGACAAGCUCGUGGCGGUGUUCGAAGUCCAGCGCGGGAGGACAGAGAGCCCCAUAGAGACCCUCUCCAACGGGUACUCCAGCGCCGCCCCGAGCCCUGAACCCCUGUUCUACUUUCCCCACAUGCAGUUCCAGGAGCCAAUCAGAGCGGAGAUAGAAGUCACCGAGGCCAGCCUCAAAGCAAACACACCUCUGCUGGUGAGGAGCAGCAGUGACUCUGCAUUGACCCCCCACCAUGAGGCGAGAGCCACGCCCCCACCUGAUAACCAUAGCAACAAGUCACCUGAACCGGAAAUCAACCAUGUUCUGAAAGGAGCGUUGGACCGACUGCACACAGACGACCCCCCCGCCAAGAUGAGCCAAGUUAACUUCAGCACUCUGACGAGGAUGGUGGAGUUUCAAGGGGACUGGGGACCUCUGGGUAUUCAUGUGAUCCCGUACUGCUCCUCUCUCAGUGGACGGACCCUGGGCCUGCACAUUAAAGGCCUCGAGGAGAACAGCCGCUCCAAGAGAGAGAACCUCUUCCAGCAGGGCGAGUCCAUCGUCCAGAUCAACGACACGCCGCUGCAGGACAAAACCUUCGCUCAGGCACAGGAAGUGUUCCGCCAGGCCAUGAUAUCCCCCUCCUCCUCCGUGCGUCUGGAGGUCCUCCCCCUGGCCAACAAGCCGCGCUACGAGAAGAACCUGAUAGGUCAGCUGUUCACCGGCGAUGCCAAAGACGUCCCGGCAAAAUCAAAGAGUCCGAUGUCACUCCGCGCCAAAACUGACUCCCAGCCAGAACCAAAAAGAGACAUCAAACCCAACGCCAACCUGGAGGUGCGGCGACCCGACCCGCGGGCCAGGACCCCGGAGCCUCUGGUGGUGAACGCACCUCCUGUGGAGCUCCGGCCUGGCCCCGGCUCCCUAGAGAGAGUCUCUCCAACGGAUCCUUCCAGGGCGGAGAGCUCCUCGCCUCCACCCAGGACCAGGAGCCAGAGCCCCGAGAGCAACAGGAGCCCCCUGCCCGGAACGGGAACCCUCACAGGCAGGAAGGGCGGCAAGAAGUUAAAAAUUGACCUGAAGAAAGGCACCGAGGGUCUGGGCUUCACCGUGGUGACCCGGGACUCCUCUGUCCACGGACCAGGACCCAUCCUGGUGAAGAACAUCCUGCAGCGUGGCGCAGCAGUCAAAGAUGGCCGCCUGCAGCCCGGAGAUCGCAUCCUGGAGGUGAACGGAGUAGACAUGACAGGCCGGAGCCAGGAGGAACUGGUGGCCAUGCUGCGCAGCACCAGGCAGGGCGAGAGUGUGUGUGUGGUGGUGGCACGGCAGGAGGACAUCUUCCUGCCUCGGGAACUGAAAGGUGAAGAGGAAGGCAGCCUGGUGCUGGAGGACGGCCGGGAGCAGCUGAUGUACGAGAUCCCGCUCAACGAGUCAGGGUCCGCCGGGCUCGGCGUCAGCCUGAAGGGCAACAAGUCCAGAGAGACCGGGGAGGACCUGGGCAUCUUCAUCAAGUCCAUCAUCCACGGAGGGGCCGCCUACAAGGACGGCCGGUUGAACGUGAACGACCAGAUGAUCGCGGUCAACGGCGAGUCGCUGCUAGGACGCUCCAACCACGCCGCCAUGGAGACGCUGAGACACUCGAUGUCGUCAGAGGGGAACGCCAGAGGCACCAUCCAGCUCGUGGUGCUCCGAGCAGCCAGACAGACGGGCAGUCCUGCACCAAACUCCAAUGGCUCCUCCGCCCAUCCACAGUACAACUACACAGGCUCCAACAAUCAGGACUCAUGGGGCCACAGUGCGUACCAGGGGCCCUCUAGAGUCCCGAACACGGAGCCCACCAUGAACGGGGGUCACACACCGAUGAUGGCAAACAACAACCACUACGUCAACCCUGGAAGUGCUCGACUUCCCGCCACGACCGUCAACGGCACCUACGGGAACUACGACGACCACGAGGACUACGACGACGGCUUCCCCCCGCCCCCGUCCCCCGGCUCCGUGGAGGAAAUGAACAGAGACUUACCCCUGACUCCCCCGCACCACAGCAAGUUUCAGAAGGAGCGUCACGAGAACGCAGCUUUCUACGCCGACGACAACAGACCCCGCAACAGAGCUUCCAAGAGCAUGGACAUGGUGGCCGAUGAGAGCAACAUGGGGUCACUGGUCGGGCAGAGGAACGAGCCUUCAGCCGGUGGAGCGCUGGGUCCCACCCUGGGUCUCUGUAAGUCCAGCUCCCUGGAGAGUCUGCAGACGGCCGUGUCAGAGGGAGAGCGAAGAAGCACCCAAGCCCAGCUGCCCUUCCACCGCCCGCGGCCCCACAUGGUCCGGGGCCGGGGGGCCAACCAGAGCUUCCGCAUCGCCAUCGACAAGUCCUACGACGGACCGUCUGAGGAUGACGACGACGGAUCUGAGCAGAGCUCCGGUCAGGAAACUCCCGUCAGCAGCUCCUCUCGCCCGGACGUGGACGACGGGAAGAAGAAAAAGAAGACUAAAGGGAAGAAGAAGGAGAAAAAGAGCAAACCAAAGAAGGAGUCUGUGGAUGAUCCGGAGAAGAAGACCAAAAAGAAAGGAUUUGGCCUCCUAAGGUUUGGUAAGAAGAAGGACGACAAGAGCAAAGAUGCUGCCAAAUCCUCCAAGAACAAACUGGAGGCCCUGAGUGAAGAGGAGCUGGACAGGAUCCCAGACCAGAGAGACAGUUACGAUCCAUCUUACGCCACCAUCCCGUCCGGCCACGCCACCCCCGACUCGGCCUCCUUCCCCGACGUGGAGGACGACGACAGCGACCCCAACUAUGCCCGCAUCAGCAACUUCCGCCAGCCGCCGUCACCCCAGUCGUUUGUGAGUCGCACGCCCUCCCCUGCGCCGCUAACCGGGGGACCCAACCCGCUUCGGGCUUCCUCGGAGGAGCUGGACGGCCUCUAUGCCAAGGUCAACAAGUCGAGACACCCGCCCGCGCAGGCAGACAGUGAUCCACGUCUCCAGGGGCAGCGCAGGGAGUACCAGCAGAACCGAGCCGCUCCGGGAUACGACGAGCUGGAAGGCGCUCGACGCAGAGCCCUGGAGAACGACCCAAACCGGAUGGCACCCAGAGGAGCCGAAUCUCGAACAGCGCCCCGCUACGAAGAGCUGGACCGGCAGUACCCCACGCAACCCAGGAGGGAUCCGUAUGAUUACCCAACUCACUCCAGACCGGUGCCAAGGGACCCGGCCCCCUACCAGGGCCGUGUGCAGGCCCCCAACAACCAGCGCUACUACCCCUCGUCCCCCCGAGCAGAUCAGCAGCACCGUGCCGCAGUGAGGCAGGACGUCCUGCCGCCCCCCAACGCGGGCCAGAGAGGGCGGCAUUACUACGAAGCCGCAGGAGGGCGAGUGGACGGGUACCGACAGGCCAGCCCGGGAAGAUACGCCAGCCCGGAGAGGCAUCCCGACACCGGGGAGCGCUACGGGGACGACAGGCAGAAGAACCCUCUGAUAGGCGCAGUGUAGAAGGUACAUACAGUAUAUUUAACUCCAGCUGUCUCCGAGGCUAGCGGAGGUUUCGCCGGUUAGUUUAUCUGAUAAAAGAACAAGAAGCUCUGAGGCUGAAACCAGGCUUAUUUCCAGGAGUGUCUGGUCGCAACUCUGGCCGGCCUUAACUAGCGUGUACAUAUAUAAUCAUGUUGCAACCACUUUGUGAAUAAACGUGCCAAUGUGUAUUUUGAUAGGUUUUAUAAUGAAGUUAAAUUCAGGGCGUAUAUAGAUAGAGUUAGUGUGUAUAGAAUCAUCUCUUUUCCAGCGUUUUCCACAAGCUGCAAAGGAAAUAAAGGAAUCACCUUGACCACAGGAGACACAGGAAGUCGACAAAACAGGAAACAGGAAGUAGCCCCACUUCAAAGUGUCCUCUUGUCCUUGAUGUUGGACUUCCUUCACAUCCUGCUGUCACACUUAUUUUUUUGCCUUUGAUUAUUCAGAUAGAGACGUGGCUUAUAGAUAUACUGUACAUGUGUUAAAUGCUUUGUAUAUGAGUUUGAUUAAUAAAGUGUAUACAUCUUGAUCCAUACACAAGAUAAUAUAAUAUAUGGAGCAACUAAUGAAGCAUUUUGUCUUUAACUACUAUUCAAAGUGUCAAAACGUGCUUUGAUUUAAACAUGCUAUCACAAAAAUGCAUGACUUUUUUUUAAAAUACAAAUAUUUUGCAUUAAAUACUUUUGAAAUUCA